CGUCUGGCGCUCUUGGGUUGCUUGUCGAGAAUGGCGGCGCUGAUCGUGUCUCGGUUAGCAAGAAGAGGCUGGCUGUGGAAGCUUCCCUUGGCAACACGUAGAGAAUUUUGGUCUCGAUCCAGGAAGGAGAAGGAGCCAGUUGUGGCAGAGACAGUGGAAGAAGUGAAAAAAGAACCUGUUUUGGUGUGUCCACCCUUACGAAGCCGAGCAUACACACCGCCCAGUGAUCUCCAGAGUCGCUUGGAAUCUCAUAUUAAAGAAGUUCUUGGUUCAUCUCUUCCUAAUAACUGGCAAGAUAUCUCCCUGGAUGAUGGACAUAUGAAGUUCAGACUCUUAGCAGGCUUAGCUGAUGGCUUAGGCCAUGCGGUCCCUAACUCCAGGCUUCACCAAAUGUGCAGGGUCAGAGAUGUUCUUGAUUUCUAUAAUGUUCCUGUUCAAGACAAAUCUAAAUUUGAUGAACUCGUUGCUAGUAAUUUACCUCCCAAUUUGAAAAUCAGUUGGAGUUACUGAGCAGUCUGGUCAGAGACCACGUUGGGGGUCAUUCAUUCUUAUUCUCACUAGCGUGACUGAAAAGUACCAGAACUUUUCUCAAAACUUCAAUUUUGUAUAAUUUUUUUUUUUGCUCCUUGUAGAAGAGCACAUCUCCCCUCCCCCAAAGGAGAAUCAACAAAGAAAACGUUUUCACAUUUGCUAAAGCUAUUUUUCCCCCAAUAAAAUCAAGUCUUGAUAACUUAUGAAAACUUUGUUAUUCCAAGGUAUAUAGUCAGGGUUGUUGGGAGGAACAGAAGUGACAGCAUGCAAACAUAGUUAAAGGAGGUUUAUGAUGUUAGCUCACAUUAGGAUCUGGGCACUUCAUCAAUGGCUGUGUCACCCUUCACGAGGCUGACUGUCUCAGCAGUACCAAGCUGUUGCUGAGAGCCUGGGGGAUUCUUUGAAAAGCCUACUGACCUUCAAUUCAUGCUGGCCGCCUGAAGAAGCUGGUUCUAAUAUGGACGAAAAGAUGCAGCAAUGGCAGGAACAAGAUGGAUGUACUUGUCAGUCGAGUGAAGGCAAGCAGGUGGAAGGAAAAUCAGACCUUCCUUCUGCAUGGGUUCUGCCCACAUUUACUGUGCACUUCCCUCUCGAGAGACAAUCUGCUUAAGAAAAUCCCUUAGUGGAGCGGCCAGCUGCUUGUCUUUUAGUUGACUCCAGAUCAGUCAGUGACAACCAAGAUUAACCAUAACACAAAAAUACUAAGUACCUCGGGCUUCAGAUAAGAGGCCAUUGCAAAGAUGUUUUCUUUGCCUGUCAUACGGUUAAAGUAGUAGUUUCAAUAAAAUGUUCUUAUUAAGGCUCAAAGAUAUGGGGCUAUUAUAUAUACAAAUAAGAAAAUGUAUAGUGAGAAUUUUGGUGUCUUAAAAAGAAACACAGAAAUACUGUAGGUGUGGAAUCUGGGGCUGCUUCAGACUUGUCCACAGCAGCUGACUAAUUUGCCUUGUGCUCUAGCAGGGGCUUGAUUCUUCCAGCUGCAGAUGGUUUCUGUGAUUGUGUGAGGUUUUGAAUUCUGGGGGUUCUUCAGAGGAUAAAUGUUAGGGCUCUAAGAGGCGCUGAGUUGUUGAUUGUUUGCUGUUGGUUGUGAUUUGUUAAGCACUCGUGAACAAAGAAGAAACAACAAGAAGAAAUUAGAUGUCCUGAUGCUUGCCCCAAGGAACUUGAUGCCCCUAAUGGGCAGAAAGUCUAAUAGUAACAUUAUCCCCUUUCCCCUCUAUCCUUUUUUCUGUGCUAUCUAGUUUUAGGGGGUUGAAGGAGUAGAAGAAGAGGAGUGGAGAAGGGCGGAAGAAAAAGAACCCACAAAGUAGCCAAAAGACCAGCUACCAAACAAAAUGUAUUAGAUGUCUGAAGGAAACGUGAACAUCUGGUGCACAUUAUAGAAAGUUCCACUGUGUUUUACUCCAUAAGUAAAGGUGGAAGAAAGGGCAACGUGUUCUGGGUUCAUCUCUUGGGACUAACGGAGAUUUGUUAAAGGGUAAUGACUUUCUUUCUGAAUGAAAUUCACUUUUAUGUAUCACUUUAUUAUUUCUUUUAAAAUGAAUAUUAGAAAUAAAAACAAAAUGUCUAGCAGUU